CCUCUUCCUUCCCCUCGCCGAUACCGCCUCCCCUCGCUCCAUCCGUCGAUAUCGCCGUCUUGGUGUUGUCAGGCCACAGGCGACAAAUCCAGCCCCGUCAGCUGAACCAGAUACCACACCGUCAUGGCAAACGACCAAGAUGUCUCUGAGGAUAUCGAGCCUCUUGUUCCCCAACAAGCCCAGACCCCUGUCUCCCAGCAGCCAACCUUCCCUUCUCCGCCCGAUCCCUUUGGCCCCUGGCUCCAUCCCGUCGAGUGUCUCAUCAACAUUGCCCGCGACGAGCCCGAUGCCCUCCUGAUCAAUACCUACGAGAGCGGCAUCUCGGAGCGACUCAGCUAUCUCCGUGUGUGGAAGCAGGCGUAUUCGGUCGCCCAGGCUCUCAAGGCUCUCCCUGGCUGGAACGACGACGACCACGAGGUCAUCGGCACCUUCUGCGAGGCCGAAGCCAGCUGGGUGAUCUACUCGUUUGCUGUGUGGAUGCUUGGCAAGAAAACACUCAACCUCGCUCUCAAUUUCCCUGCCGCUGUUCGCAAGACUCUGUGCGAGAGAUACUUCAUCAAGUACAUCCUCUACCACCACAGCAAGCCUGGCCGCACCAUUGGAGUGACGCUGGUCGAUGCCACCACGUUCCCUGUGCUGGACAACAUCCCAUCCCCGUCUCUCGAAGUCUGUGAACCCCUUGAUGAUUAUGUCACCAUCCAGUGCACCUCUGGAACAACGGGCAUCCCCAAGUCGUUCCAGUUUGCGCACAAUGGCGCAGUCACUGGUCGAACAUCAGUUGGUAUGCUGAAGAGUAGCGUUGGGCUAUUGCAGCCUCCAUCGUUUUCGACGACAUUUAUUGUAUUGCUCAGCGCCCUUAAUCUUGGAGGAUCAGUGUGGAUUCCGAAGCCGACAUUCCACACAACUGAGCAAGCAAAGAACGUUGCUCAAAUUUUGGAUGAUGGCGUUGCCUACGUGGCACUCUCUCCCUCUUUCAUGAAGCUGAUCAUCAGCACGGCCGCUUCCUGGAACCCGAACAUCAAGUGGAUGAACACAAAGAAAGUGCUGGUCGGCGCAGAACUCGUACCAAUGAGCGUCAUUCAAAUGACGAGGGAGAGAUUCCCAAAUGCCGAGUUCCAGUCAGCCUAUGGAUCGAGUGAGGCAGGAGUUAUUGGUGCCUAUUCAUUUUUGCGGAUCCUGACCAACAGCCCCAUCCCAGAGAAGUUGGUCUACAAGCUGGCCAAGCCUGGGGUGCGAUGCCUUCUCUUUGACGAGGAGGGCAAUAUCGUUGAUCAAAAUGUCUCCAAGAGCGGGAUCCUGGUCUUUGCCGUCGACCCCGACCAUCCCGUCCGCAACCACCCCGACUUUGUCAACGCCGAUCCAAACGACAGACUGGCCUCCUUUGGCUUCCUCAGCGACGGCUCGCCCCGAGUCUGCACCAUGGACUGGGUCGAGAUGGUCAGCGAGAACGAAUUUACUGUCGUUGGAAGAUUCGACCAGAAGAUCAAGGUCAACGGCGUCUAUGUCGACCUGAACCAUCUCGAGGCCCUGGUCGUCCAGCACUUGAGCCACACCAUCGCCGACUGUGCGUUUGUCCAGACCUCCGAGAAGAAGAUCGUGAUGCUGUAUGUUCUCCAGGCCCGCCCCACGACCCGCACCGAGCCCAGCGACAUCAUCCGGAUGACUCAGGAUCUGCUUGCACUCGUCAACGUCUCCAAGGUGCCGAUCCACAACUGCUUCCAGCUCGACGAGAUCCCCAUGACCGAGAUUGGCAAGCGCGACCUCAAGAAGAUCAAGUGGAUCGCCGAGAACAACGAUCUGCACCAAGGAUCCGUUGUGUAUCCCCGUCUCGCCCCCAGCGAUGCCCCGCUGUUUCGCAUCGCGGCUGCAAUCUCCAGCCUCGGCAGCCAGCUCCUCGGGAUUCCCUCUCUCGACGGCCGCAACUACAGCAUCAGCGGAGCUGGGUUUGACUCGCUGAGUGUUGGCCGCCUGGCCCUGGCUAUCAAGGAAGAGUACGAUGUCGAGAUCUCGCCGAUGAUGCUGCUCUCGAACGGCCUGACGCCCCUCGAUGUCGCCCAGCUGGUGAUUGAUCUCCAAGGCAACCACCCGCUGAUGUCGCCGACAGUCGACCUCGACCAGGAGGCCGCCCGGCUCGACGAUGCGAGUGUGACGGCCGAGGGUCUCCCUCCACUUGUCUUUCCCGAGUCGCCUCGCGGCAUCGUCCUGACGGGGGCCACUGGCUUUCUCGGAUCGUUCCUGCUGUACGAGCUGGCUGCCAAGUUCCCUGCUGCCAGGAUCUACUGUCUGGUCCGAGCCGCGAGCGACCAGGCUGCCAUCGACCGCAUCUUUGAGACAGCCAGGAAGCUGAUCCUCAACCCGCAGCAGACGCACUACCUCGUGAACAAUGUCAGGCCGCGACUCGUUGGUGUCUGCGGCGAUCUGUCGCUCGACCAGUGGGGACUGACCAACAAGCGAUGGAAGAAGAUCGGCAAGGAGACCGACAUGGUUGUGCACUGCGGCGCCGAGGUGCACUGGCUCGACGACUAUGAGGCGCUCAAGGGGCCGAAUGUCCUGGGCACGGCGACGGCCCUGCGGCUGGCCACGACCCACCACUUGAAGCCGCUGCACUUCAUCCCGGCGGUCGGGGCGAUUCCCAUGGCACGGGGUGCAAGGACGCCGCUCGAGGAGAGGGUGUAUUCCAACUGGAACGUCUCUGGCGGGUAUGCACAGACCAAGUGGGUCUCUGAGCAGCUGAUCAACAAGGCACGAUCGAGGGGAGUGCCUGCGACGAUCAUCCGACCAUCGCUGAUUGCAAGCGACAGUGUCUAUGGAGUGUGCCACUCGGACGACUACAUCUGGCAGUAUAUCAAGGGAUGCAUCCGCAUCGGGAUCGCUCCCUCCAAUGCCACCCCCGUGACCAUCACCAUGAAUCCAGUCGACCAUGUCGCCAAGGUGGUCGCUGCGAUCGCUGCCUCCGAGGUGGCCCUGCCCAAGUUUGUGUUCCACAUCAGCGACCCAGAGCGCAGCGUCAUCACCGAAACUCGACUCUUUGAGAUUGUCAAUGCCUCUGGCUGGUCCGUCAUGUUCGAGACCCGCGAGCGAUUCAAGUCUCUGCUCCUCACGCCUCAGCUCACCAACGACUCGUCCAUGUCGACGCUCAUGCAUCUGAUCCUGAGCAUGUCCUUCCUGGUCGACAACACCAACACCCGGUCGAUCUAUCCGGCCCUCGGUUCCCAGGCCGGGAGGAUCGCCGGGCGAGGGCUGCUGUACCUGACCCACAUCGGGUAUCUGCCACCUCCUCCGAACCCUCCGUCGCCGCUGAGACCCGAGGAGCACCCGCGGCCCAACAUCUUUCGUCCCGACACCCACAACUAGCUCGGUGGUGGAGGUCACUGCAUGUUUGGCAGUGCCAUUCAUGGUGCAUCCCAUGCACAGCCAUGGUCCUUCACUUGCACGGUGCCUCACAACUCCCUGACACACACUCCUGAUCUAUCGCUUCGGAGUCUGUGCACGACAUCCAGUGCUUGCCGAUGUGUCCCACUCUCACCCCGUCCACAUACCCCGAUGUCGCCCCAGUCGCCCUGUCGGCAAUUGACUGUCUGUCCUGGUCAAUAUCACAGCCAUAUUGGAUUCUCCAUGCG